AUGAUUAUUAUUAAAACAUAUGAAAAUUUUAAAAGUUUAUCAAAUCAAUGGAAUACGUUUAGAGAUAAAGGGACUAAAUUAUGCAGCGAUUUAGUAAAUAAGCAUUUAAAACUAUCAUACACAGAUUUAUACGACUACAACGAUUCAAUUAAAGAUAAUAUAGAAUUACAAAUCAAGUUUAAAGAAACGCAAUUCAAUGAUCUUCAACAAACAUAUAUAAAAUUAAGUUCAACUUUAUUGGAGUUGAAAGCAAUUUGCGAGAAAAUGGAAGAAAGUUUAAAUAGUAUAAGGAUACCUAAGAAUCCAACGACAUACGAAUCAAAAUUAGAAUUAAAAUUAUUCGAAUAUUUAAAAGAUAUAAUAACAAUGUAUAUAAAUAGUUUAGAAAAUAAAAAUCAAAUUGUAGAUAAUUUAUUAGUGUCAGAAGAUAGAGAACAACUAUUGUUAAUGAUAACAUGUUGGUCAAAUGAUAUUCACAUAGAUUAUAAAAAAAUAUCAAUAAUUAACGAAAUUUUUUUAAAUGAAACUACAAUUAUAUCCUCACCCUCAAAACCAAAUAAAUAA